CAGGAGAACAAUUUUAAAGCCAUCGCCAUGAUCAUGUUUGCUCAGUACGUGCAAGAAGGCACUUUUGGCAAAGCAGUGAAAAUGACGGAGGAUGUCACAGAGCUUGCCCGAAGGUGCGCUGCUGGAGGCCAAGGCAGCCCGCAUUGCCUCAAGCCCUUGGAGAGUAUCUUCCUUGAUACAAUAUGCCAGGAGGAAAAUCUUCCCAGGUUUACUGACUGCUGUGCUAAAAAAGGCUCUGAAAGGAAUGACUGCUUCCUCUCCCAUAAAAACUCAACAAGAGGAUUCAUUUCUCCUUUUGAAAGGCCAAACGCUGAAGCUGCCUGCAAAAAUUAUUCACAGCAUCAACAUUCAUUAACAGGAUACUUUAUCUACGAGAUUUCCCGGCGCCAUCCUUUCCUCUACGCCCCCACAAUCCUUUCUGCAGCCGUGCAGUACGAUGAGAUGAUGAGAAACUGCUGCACAGGUGCCGAUGACCCCACGCACAGCCUGGACGAAUGCUUUCACAGACAGGUACCAAAGGUGAUGAAGCCAAUAAAAGAAGAGGGCCUGAAGCAGGAACACACAUGUGGAAUCUUAAAGAAGUUUGGAGAAAGGACUAUAAAGGCGCUGAAGCUUGCUCAGAUAAGCCAAAAAUUCCCUCAGGCUGAUUUUGUUACCAUUAGCAAGCUUGUACUGGAUAUCACCAACAUACACAAGGACUGCUGUCGUGGAGACAUGCUGGAGUGUAUGCAUCAUAAGGAAGAGAUUCUAAUCUACAUCUGCACCAACCAAGACAGCAUAUCAAGCAAAAUUAAAAUCUGCUGUGCAAAGCCAAUGUUUGAAAGAAUUGAAUGUAUAAUUAAUGCAGAAAAUGAUGACAAACCUGCAGAUUUGUCUCCCCACAUCAGAGAGUUUAUAGAAGACAAAGGAGUAUGUGAACGCUUUGCUCAGGAAAAAGAUAAUCACUUGGCCAGGUUUCUCUAUGAAUAUUCCAGAAGACACCCUGAGUUUUCUGCUCAGAUGCUUUUAAGAAUUGGUAAAGGAUACGAGGACUUACUGGACAAGUGCUGCAAAACCAGUUCUCCAGAUGACUGCUGCAGGAGAGGGGAAGAAGAAUUGAGGAAGCACAUUCAUGAGACGGAAAGUGUGAUGAAGACAAGUUGUGACAUCUACAAGGAGAAAGGAGAUUACUAUUUCCAAAACGAGCUUCUCAUGAGCUUCACCAAGAAGAUGCCCCAGCUAACAUCCACGGAGCUGAUAAAAUUCACCAAGCAGAUGACUACAAUUGGCGCCAAAUGCUGCCAGUUAAGCCAGGACAAGCUACUGCCUUGUGCUGAGGAAAAUCUGGAUCUUGUUCUUGGAGAAAUAUGCAGAAGGCACCUAAGCAACCCUAUAAACCCCAGUGUUUGUCACUGCUGUAGUAGCUCCUACGCUCUCAGGCGGCCAUGCAUGGGGAAGCUAGAAAUGGAUGAGAACUACGUGCCCUUACCACUGACACCUGGGCUGUUCACUUUCCACGAAGACUUGUGUACAACUGAAGAGGAAAAGUUACAGCACAAAAAGCAGGAGAUGCUCAUCAACCUCAUCAAAUACAAGCCCUCCAUCACGGCCGAGCAGCUCGCCUCCGUCACGGCGGCGUUCGCUGCCAUGCGGGAGCAGUGCUGCCGAGCGGAGCGCCGCGAGUCCUGCUUCCUCACCGAGGGUCCAGAACUUAUAAAAAGAAGUGAAAAAAUGCUGUCAGUGUGA